AUGCCUUCGAACACCCCCACAAUCCUCCUCCUAGGAACAUGCGACACCAAACUUUCCGAACUCCUCUACACAAAAUCCCAAAUCGAAUCCACCAACGCCACAGUCCUCCUAAUGGACUGUGGGCGCAACCCAAGCCGCCACGAAGAAAUCACCAUCCCGCAAAGCGCCCUACUCACCACCUCCCCCUCAACCCCAAUCCCAGAUCUGACAGCCCUCACCCGAGCCGAGUACAUAACCACCCUUGUACCCUACGCCACCAAAAAAGUAACCCACCUGCACGAAUCCCACCAAAUCCAGGGCAUCCUCGCCAUCGGCGGCUCGUGCGGCACAACGCUGGCGGCAGCAGUGAUGCGCGACGGGCUACCAGUCGGAUUCCCCAAACUGAUCGUCUCAACGAUGACGUCCGGAGAUGUGGGGCCGUUCAUCGGUGAAACGGACAUCAGCAUGAUGUACAGCGUUGUUGAUAUCGCGGGCCGGAACGGUAUUGUCGAGGGGGUUUUGGACAAUGCUGCUGGCGGGAUCGUCGGGAUGGCCAGUGCGUUCUUGAAACGCGAGCGGGGUAAUAAGGAGGCGGAGUUAUCUUCCGGUGUGAAGAUUGGUAUAUCCAUGUUUGGAGUUACGACUCCUGGUGUCAAGCGCGCGCGGGAACGUCUUGAGGAAGUCUUGCCUGGUUGUGAAGUUUAUGUUUUUCAUGCUACGGGGUCUGGGGGGAGGGCUUUGGAGAGGCUUGUGAGGGAGGGGCGGAUUGAUGCGGUGCUUGAUUUGACGACUACGGAGAUUGCGGAUGAGGUUGUUGGUGGGGUGCUUAGUGCUGGGGAUGGACGGUUGACUGCGGCUACGGUGCGGGAUAUUCCGAGGGUUGUUAGUGUUGGGGCUUGUGAUAUGGUUAAUUUUGGGGAGGUGGGGAGUGUUCCUGCUAAAUUUCUGGAGGGGAAGAGGUUGUUUUAUGAGCAUAAUGCGGCCGUUACACUUAUGAGGACUACUAAGAAGGAGUGUGCGGAUAUUGGGACGUUGAUAGCAGGGAACUUGUUGCGGGAUUCCAGGGAUAGGGGGCAAUUGAGGCGGACGAAGGUGAUUCUGCCUGUUGGUGGAGUGAGCAUGUUGGAUGUUCCUGGUCAGCCAUUCCACGAUCCCGAGGCAGAUGAGGUAUUGUUUUCUACUUUGGAGAGGGAAUUGGAGGGCAGUGGGAUAUCAGUCAUGCGAGAUUCGCGUGACAUCAAUGAUCCCAACUUCGCAGUGGUGGUAGCAGAUGAACUGGCCGAAUUGAUUCGCAGAGAAUAG